AUGGAGGCGCCGGCCGUGUACCCUCCGUGGGAGGAGGAGAGCGAUGAUGUCGCCAAGUUUGGCUACCGACAGCAGCGAUUUCCGCAGGCGGGAUAUAGUCGCUUUCCAGUGGCUCAGCCCCAGCAGCGUCCCCCCCAGCAACCGCAGCCACAGCCACAGCCGCAGCAGGCAGCGCUCCCGCAGCAAGUCGCCCGUCUGGAGCCUAGCCAGUACCCUGAUGUGGUGCGGGAAAUGCUGAUGCACAUACAGAACUUGUAUCACCAAGACACGCGCGAGCGAGCGAUCUUGACCUUGUCCAAGAAGCGUGAAAAGUUCACAUUGCUCGGUCCGACCCUGUGGUACAGCGUCGGUGUCAUGGCGAUCUUUUUGCAAGAAAUCGUAUCCAUGUACCCCCUCCUCAACACACCCUCCUCGGCCCCGGUGAAGCCGAUCAUCAACCGCGUUAGCAGCGUCCUUACUCUGCUACAGGUCAUCGCCCAGCACGACGCAUCGCGGCGGCCGUUUAUGGAGUCCAAUAUUUGCCUCUUCCUCUAUCCGUUUCUGCGCGCCACCCCAGCAGAGCGGUCAGAGGUGCUGCGCCUGACGUCACUGGGCGUCAUUGGUGCGCUAGUCAAGGCAGACGACCCGGCCAUCAUUUCCUACCUGCUCAACACAGAGAUCUUCCCAAUUUGUCUGAAGAUCAUGGAGCAGGCGAUCGAGAUUUCAAAGAUCAUCUCUACCUUCAUCAUCCAGAAGCUUCUCAUGUCGGACCAAGGUCUGGUGUACGCCUGCCAGAACCCCAGCCGCUUCACCGCUGUCGCCGACGUCCUGCAUCGCAUGGUGGCGGAGAAAGGGCCGCAGAACGAGCACGUGUGCGGGCCGCGCCUCCUGAAGCACAUCAUCCGCUGCUACCUUCGCCUCUCUGAAAACGAGCGGGCUCGUGAGGCGCUGCCCAAGAUUCUCCCAGAGGAGCUGCGCAACAAUACUUUCCAAGAGUACCUGGACGACGACAUCAACAUGAGGAAGUGGCUCCUCCAGCUGCUCGUCAACAUUGGAGAUGAGGGUGCGCGCCGCAUCAGCGAAACCGCAAAGCAUGCCCAGUAG